GAGGUGGCCCAGGCGCUGCAGCGGCGGAGUCGCGGGUCGGGCUUAGAACUCCAGGUGCCACGGUCGUGGCUUCCGGGUUCCGUCCAGGCUCCGGGUGGGGGGUGGCGGCGCCCGGGCGUCUCCGAGCUCGCAGAAGCCGGAGGGUGCAAGCCGAGGCGGAGCGCCCACAGGUGAUUUCUUAGGCACAGAAAUCUUUGAAGGGCCUUGUACCCUCCUGAAGGAUGGCAGAAGCAGUGUUGGUUGAUUUCUUUGGUUUGAAAUUUAACUCUCAGAAAAACAGUCAUCAGGCAUUACUGAAGACAUUGAAUGCUGUCAGAUACCACCAUGCUGCCAAGGCCAAGUUUCUUUGUAUAAUAUGUUGCAGUAACAUCAGCUGUGAAAGGGAUGGUGCGCAUAAUCACUGUGAAUUAGAAGCAAGCAAUGGAUUAUCAACUCUCUUGAGAGGAUUUGAGACUGUUAGCAAUCCUAGUAUGGCUGCCUCUUUGUAUACUAUUAAGCAAAAAAUUGAUGAAAAAAAUUUGACCAGCAUUAAAGUAAUUGUACCCAUGCACCGGAAGACAUUACUGAAGGCUUUUAUUGAUCAGCUCUUCACCGAUGUUUACAGUUUUGAGUUUGAAGACUUACAGGUGACUUCGAGGGGAGAUCCUUUGAAACAAUCCACUGAAAUAAACAUGAUCACAGCUGAAGAAGUAGAAGCAAUCCAGAAUGAAAUUCAAACAUAUUUGAGAAGCCUGCCAGCACUGAGAGGAGAGUUAACCAUUAUCACAUCUCCUUUAAUCUCAGAUAUUUUCUUACACGGAUUUACUACAAGAACAGGUGGAAUAUCCUACAUCCCAACUCUUAGCUCAUUCAACCUCUUCAGUAGUUCCAAAAGGAGAGAUCCCAAGGUUGUUGUUCAAGAAAAUCUGCGUAGGUUGGGGAAUGCUGUAGGAUUUAAUGUGGAGAAAUUUUACCGAAUAAAGACUGAUCAUGCCAAUGACAUCUGGAUUAUGGGAACGAAGGAACCUGAAUCUUAUGAUGGAAUCACCACAGAUCAGAGGGGAGUCACAAUAGCAGCUCUUGGUGCUGACUGUAUACCAAUUGUUUUUGCUGAUCCUGUCAGAAAAGCAUGUGGUGUUGCUCACUCUGGUUGGAGGGGUACUUUGCUAGGUGUUGCUAUGGCUACAGUGAAUGCUAUGAUCACAGAAUAUGGGUGUAAUUUGGAAGACAUUAUUGUUGUACUGGGACCUUCAGUAGGACCUUGCUGUUUUACUCUGCCAAGGGAAUCAGCAAAGGAAUUUCAUAAUCUUGAUCCUGAAUGUGUACGGUUAUUUGAUUCACCAAAUCCCUAUGUUGACAUUCGUAAAGCCACUAGGAUUCUUCUAGAACGGGGAGGAAUUCUACCACAGAAUAUUCAAGACCUGAACCAAGAUCUUGACCUCUGUACGUCCUGCCAUCCUGACAAGUUUUUCUCCCAUGUCCGAGAUGGCCUUAAUUUUGGUACACAGAUUGGCUUCAUAUCAAUUAAAGAAUGAGAUACUUGACUGGAUAUUUCCUGCUUCCUUCUAAACUGACUACAAGAGAGAAAUUUAGCUGUUUGAUUUACUUAAAACUGAGAGGAUUACAAUGGAUAAUUCAUCUUUAGGUAUAUUUUCAGUAUUAAUCCAAAGCCAAAUGAGUUUCAUUUGAUUCUAGCAAAAUCUAGAUGAAGAUUAUUCUUUAGGUUUGUUCUGUUUGUUAUAUAAAUCAGUAAUAGGGCUGUUCAGUUCAGUAUUUACUGGGUAUACCCUAUUUGUCAGGCAUUGUGUGAAGAAUAUCUGAAUCAAAGUGAGUUAGACCUUUUCACCUUUAGUCUAAUGCAGUGAAGGAGAUAAACACUUAUAAUACUUAAAUUUAAUUUUGAUAGCAGCAGAAGAGUACAGAAGAAGGAAGGUUAUGGAAAGUGCCAUAGAGAAGAUGAUGUAUCACAUGGGCCCAAAAGAUGUACAGGCUUUUGACAAAUGAAGAACAGCCAUAACAGGUAGAGGGAAUACCAUGAACUAGGGCUAUGAAAUUGAAAGUGUAAACCAUGUUCUAGAGAGAGAAGGGUGUAGGCAGAAGUUACUAGAAAAACAGGUUGGAAAGAGAUUAGUCUCAAAUGCCAUGUCAAAGAGUGUAGGGUUGAUUUUCCAGGUAAAGAAUAAACACAAAAAACAGGGUAGUGUUUUUAUUUCCUUAGCAUCAUUUGUAACAGGAUGGAUUUAAAUUGUGAGAGACCAAAGCAGAAAGACUUAUUUAAGAGGCAAAAUAUUUUUAAAAAGAAACAAUGAAAGCAGUGGAAAUUAAGAUGGAUCAGACAUAGAGCCAGUAGAUCCUCUUAACAGAUAACGAAGAUGACAGCUAAGAAGGAGUGCAGAAAUCAUUGAUGACUCUAAGCUUUCUGCUUGGUUGUCUAUCAAGAACAGCAACAAAGGGAACGAAGAUGUUUGGGAAAAGGGGGAACAGUGAGUUUGACAUGUGGACUGAAGUAUAUCCAGUGGAUAUAUUUGGUCAAUGACUAGAAAUACAGACGUCACAUCUUGCUGGGAGCUGGUAGAAAGAUACAGAUUUAGAAGCUGGCUGUGCAGAGAUGAGGCCCAAGUUUGCCGGAGUAGGCUGAAUCAUCUAGGCAGAACUACAUGGUGAGAAAAAAGGAGGUUCAAGGGUGAAACCUCAUACAACACGUACAUUUGAAGAACAAGAAGCUGAACAAGUUAAAAAAAAAAAAAAAA